UGAGUGUGAACGUCUCACCGUCAGGAUGACUGGAGGAAUAAUAACUGCAUAGACUGCAGUGUCGGGAGAGUGUGUGUGCAUUUGUGUGUGUGUGUUUGUGUGAGUGUGCACGUGGAUGUGCAUGUGUCUGGGCGGACUCCAGCUGUAAUGGUGCCCCAUGUGUGUCUGUGCUGACCGCGACAGUCAUCCUGUCCACAGCAGAGACUUUCUCAGCAUGCAGAUGGUGUGAGCAGUCAAGGGAAAAGUUUCAUGCAGCUCGUCUGAGCCUCAGUUACCUCAGUCUAUUCUGAACAAACUGAGCCAGUCCAGGAGGGGAGCAACAGCAGCAGCAGCAGCAGCAACUGAGCUGGACUCCAACUUGAUCUUGUCUCAGCCUUGGAUUACCUGCAGCUAGUUUGGAUACAAACAUUACAUAUCAGCGCUAAAGGAUCCAACAAGGCUCUUUGUUUGCCAGAUUGGAGUUGCUGUAAUGGACGACCACUAUGUUUCACACAGCAGUCCUCAGCGCAGCAGUGCUCAGCCCAGCACUCAGGUUCAGAGGCUGAAUGUCAUCAGGUGUGGGUGGCUCAGGAAGCAAGGAGGCUUUGUCAAGACUUGGCACAAUCGUUGGUUUGUACUGAAAGGGGAUCAACUCUACUACUACAAAGAUGAGGAGGAGACCAAAGCUCUGGGAGUCAUUUUUUUACCUGGAAACAAAGUUACUGAACAUCCAACCAGCGGCGAUGAAGGGGGAAAAUUUCUCUUCGAAGUCAUUCCAGGGGGAGACAGAGAGCGGAUGACAGCCAACCAUGAGACCUAUCUUCUUAUGGCCAGCACCCAGAAUGACAUGGAGGAUUGGGUGAAAACGAUCCGGAGAGUCAUCUGGGCACCUUUUGGAGGAGGGAUCUUCGGUCAGAAGUUGGAGGAGACUGUGCGGUAUGAGCGCCGGUUUGGGAACAAGCUUGCCCCUAUGCUGGUCGAGCAGUGUGUGGAUUUCAUUCGGCAGUGGGGCCUUCGAGAAGAGGGUCUAUUCAGGCUGCCGGGACAGGCCAACCUGGUUAAAGAGCUGCAGGAUGCUUUUGACUGCGGAGAGAAACCCUCUUUUGAUAGUAACACGGAUGUGCACACAGUAGCUUCCCUACUGAAGCUGUACCUCAGAGAGCUGCCGGAGCCCGUCAUCCCUUUCCAAAAGUAUGAAGAAUUCCUGGCCUGUGCCAAACUCCUUGGGAAAGAUGAGGAAAUGGGAAUGAAGGAGUUGAGAAGGCUUGUGGAAAGUCUACCUCCAGUGAACUACAACCUUCUCAAGUACAUCUGCAGAUUUCUUGAUGAAGUCCAGUCAUAUUCAGGUGUGAAUAAAAUGAGCGUCCAGAACUUGGCAACAGUCUUUGGGCCAAAUAUCUUGAGGCCAAAGAUUGAGGACCCAGUAACAAUUAUGGAAGGAACCGUUCUGGUCCAGCAGCUCAUGGCUGUUUUGAUUGGCCACCAUGAUGUGCUUUUCCCCAGAGAUGAAGACAGCCCCACUGCACUUGAACUUGCCAACAACAACAUUGAACUGACGCGGCGACAAGCCACCACAACUACCUCCACCAUUGCAACAGUGUCUCAGAAUGCCGAGAACAACAACACACAAGUGGUGCGGCAGUGUGUUUGGGAAGUACCCGAGUCUCCACACCGACAGCAUGCAGAAAACAGUGGCACCCCACGAUCUACGAGCCCCCGUAAUGUUGUCACAGGUCGCUUUGACAGCACCCGCAGUCCACCACUGACUGUGAAAAAGAACCCAGCCUUCAGUAAAGGCAGUGGGAUUGUUACAAACGGCUCCUUCAGCUCCUCACCCUCGUCAGAUCCAACUUUAGAUAAGAGCCAGGCUCUGACAGGAGGUGCUUGCCUACCAGUGCGUCGUAGUGGGACGCUCAAAAGCUCGGGCACAAAAAUGGGCACCAGUGGUGUUACGAGUGGAGGCAGUCCUGCGGGAAAUGGGACUAGCAUCGUGCGCUUGGGCAUUUCCAGCUCUGACGUGGUCACGGGAAGUCUAAACAGUCGCAACAGUCUUUGGCCGCAAAAUGGCUGCGUCAUGCUUCGGGAAGGCAACAAAACACGUGACUGCUCCAGUGGGGAUCAAACAACCAAUCAGAAUCGUCUGUCCACGUAUGAUAAUGUCCAGUUAAACCAUCAGAACCUGCAGCAGCAAAAUCAGAUCACCAACAUGUGUCUAAGCAACAGCUGUGAGGACAAGCAGAGCGUGGACAGUGCCACCUGGUCCACUUCUUCCUGCGAAAUCUCUCUCCCUGAUAACUCCACUUCGUGUCGCUCCUCCACCACCACCUGCCCAGAGCAGGACUUCUACGGAGGCCACUUUGAAGACUUGGAUGGGCCUGCGCAGGACAAUGAGCCUGGUCAGUCUGGUGGAGGAGGAGAGGGAGGUGGCAGGAGCAGCAACAGAGAAGAAAGUGGAGAUGGAGCAGGGGGCAGCAGUCGGGGCAGCAACAAUAGUGAUACCAGUGAUGGUUUCACUGUUGGUAAUGGACCUGGCAGCCACAGUGCUCUGCACAGUCUUGUGGCCAGUCUUAAACAGGAGAUGCAUAAGCAAAAGGCAGAGUAUGAGGCCAGGAUAAAAAGUUUGGAGCAGCGUAAUCUGGAGCUGGAGACGGAGAUGGUAAGCCUCCAUGAGGAGCUGGAUCAGGAGAGGAAGAAGUACACCAUGGCGGAGAUCAAGCUGCGCAACGCUGAGCGUGCCAAGGACGACGCCGAACGGCGAAACCAGAUGUUACAGAAAGAGAUGGAGCAGUUUUUCUCCACAUUUAGUGACCUCACCGCUGCUGGCAACACUGCUGCCACCGAUCCCCGCCGACCAGACCACAACAACACCAUCUGGAUACAGUGAAGGAAGGCUGAGAAAUGCCAAUGCAGACUGGAAACAUUUUGUAAAAUGACGUGAACACUGAAGGGACUCCAUACAGGAUUUGGCUGCUGAGUUAACAGCAUGUUUUAAGUGAAGAAAUAGGACAUACAAGGCUAUUGAAAGCAGACAUCACCUGGAGUGAUGUCAGAGUAACGUUAUCUGUAUAUAGCAUUAUUUAAAGAGCUCAUGGACACGCUCUAGCCUUGUCAAAAACCAAUGUGGUGCUCACCCAUCUACCUGGAGAGUGGAAAUAAAGACCGGUUGGCUGUAGUCUGUGAUGGUACUACUACUUUACAUUAGCUUCCAGGGCUGGCUAGAUGGGUGAGAAGGCAAAAUAUAAAAAGAGUGAGCAUUUAAGAACAUUGGACCUAAAGAUGCUGACAGAAUUAAGCCAAACUUCUCACUGAUUUUAAUAACAUCCAACCAAAAACAUCAUGUUAAUGCUAAGUGUAAUUCUGUAUGUGCUCAUGUAUGUAGAGGGAAACAAUUCAGAAAAAUACUGUCAUGUUUGUAACGUGAAAUUAAAGUAAUACUUAAAUGUUCAUGAUAUUUAAGCAAAAUUAUCAAUGUGUGAUAUUUUAUAUUAAGGUAUUUCCUUGCACUUAUAUGUCUUGUUUAGCCUCUGCAAGUUGGUACUGAAUGUUUUGUCAAUGUGUGUACCAUUUUAAAUUGGAGAGUACGCUGUAUAUGUGCCCUUGCUUCUGUGCUGUUACAUUUACUCAUGACCAAAAGAAAAUAAGGAGCCUGUUCUGUAAAUAUUUUAUAGGUAAUCAUAGACACUACUUGUUGGUCUGCACUGUGGUUUGACCCAUGUUCAGAUGGAUAUGGCACGAAUUAAGCUGAUAGUGACUGAAGUUUUGUAGCUUGUAAAAAUCCGUUUGAAAGUCUUGCACAAAAGGUCGUUGGUAUAAAUCCCAGAUAAAUUUAAAAAAAUAGGUGUCUGUCUUGAAUUCAACAUUUCAGUUGACAAAUUGUACCGUUCAUAUUUCCACGUGUUACUGAGCUGUUAUGCUCUUGGGAAUUGCAGUAACUGAAUAACAAUCUGUAGCUAAAAUGUGAAAAAAGGAAAGUUGAGCAUCAAACUUGUUAACACUGUGGAUGUAAACAAUCCAACUGCAAGAUUCAGCAGCAAGUUGUGGGGUGCAUGAUGGUGCAUGAGUCCACGAGGGUCAAUGUAACCACCGACUGCCUGUUCAGUUACCGUAUUAAUGCAGUGUAUUUAUGUAGCCUUAAACCAAAUGUCUACACACCGUGUGGAUUUGCUAAUGGGUACAAAACAGGAGACAUCUGAGACCAGACUGGGUCUGGGUGUCUGUCAGAGGUUUAUGUGUGUACAUGUACAUAGACCUGCUGCUGGCUGCUUCUUCUCUGGAGAUAAACUCAGAUUUAUAAACCUGCUGCUGGUCAUUGCAGGACAUCUGGAAUGUGCACAUGGAGGGGGAAAAAGUGCCUGGACAACUAAAGAAGGGAGGAGAGCCUGUGCUUUUCAUUUUGCACCCUUCACUGGGAAAUAAUAGGCUUAUGCCACGCUGACAGUGUCACUUCAUUCUGUGAAUUCCACACAAAAGAGCAGAUUAUGAACAGAGAGCAAGAUGGAGAGGACUGAGAUUGUGAUAUAUUUUCAAGAUAUGAUACUUGAUUCUCAAAGUAACCUUAAAAAGAUAUGACAAUAUGAAUAAAGAUCCAUUUUCAUGUGA